CAAAAGUAAGCACCAUGAAUAAAGGUGGAUCAAUACGGUAUAUAACCCAAAAAUCUCGAACAGUCACUGCGGCAGUCGUGGUGAACAGAAAUAACGUCUCCGCCUAUUCUGCUUGUUUGGUUGAACAAUUUCCGCAUACGUGACUUUUGGGACCGAUUCAUAUAAGACAACUGUAUCCCAUUUCACAACUUUCAUCGAUGGCUUCUUCCAUUCCGGGCGCCACCACAACCGAUAUAUCUCUUCUUCGAGACAUUCGACCACUCAUGCGAAAUGUCGAUUGCGAGGUCAUUGUUCUGCAACGAGUGUCGGAUCCACAGAUGACCCGCGAUGGCGACACGAUGCAACGCAUUCAAGUAGCUGAUCGUUCAGGAUCUAUGCUAUUGACGGCCUGGGGAGAUGCAGCAGCCAGUAUGUGCCCCGGUGAUAUUCUACGUAUUUCAGGAGCAAACUGUGCUCUUCGAAAUGGACUGAUUAUGUUGUUCGCCGUGAGAACGUGUAAAAUCAGACGUGUCGGUCAAGAUACAUUCAUCUUUGCUGAAAAACCUAAUCUGUCAGAGCCGACAGAACCAUCAUCACAAGGAAGUUAUGCUGCAACCAGUGUUCGUCCCAACGUUCCUAUCCCUCCUAAUAUACCCAGGCCUCUGGUCACCCACGGACAGCCGGUACAUCAGUCUGUAACUCCCAGUGUCAAUCCAUUGCAUAGCCAAAAUAAGCAGCGACCUGCUGUGAACCCGGCAAGCAUGCGCGGUCGCGGUCGAGGUCGAGGUCGAGGCCGAGGUGGAAGUUCUGCUGUGAGAGGAUUUGCACAUCCAUCUCAAACACAGCGCAGUUUUCACAAUCCAACCACAAUGGAAAACCCCCAAAUUAGAGAUCCAAGGUUGAAACGUAAAAGAGACAGAGACGACCAAUCAUAAUUACGCUUCAACUGGUCAUUGAUAUUUAUGCAAUCUGCUCAUUAUGCGCUGCAACAAAAAGCGCUUGUAUACAGUUAUUUCAAUUUUGUUUAGAUCGAUUUU